AUGGAAUGGUUUCUAGGAGAAGUCCAGCAACAGAAUGUGUGUCUGCAGAGACACUCAUUACCAGAGGGCUGGCCACCAGAUACAUUUUCUUCCAAAAUGCCAUCCUUCUUCUACAUAUUUUUCUUGGCUGUUGGGCUUUAUACUACUGUUCAUUGUUUUCCUGAUCCUCAGCAUGAAGGUAAAGGUAAUGAGAUCAACCAUUCUCCCCCAAGAAACUCAACCUUCUAUAAGAUAUCUACCAAUAAUGCUGACUUUGCAUUCAACUUAUAUAGAAAGCUGGCUUCAGAGAACCCUAGGAGGAACAUUUUCUUCUCUCCAGUGAGUAUUUCCUCAGCUUUGGCAAUGAUGUCCCUUGGGGCCCGAUCAGACACAAAGACUCAGAUCCUAGAGUCCUUGGGUUUCAAUCUCACAGAGAUGCAAGAGAAGGACAUCCACCAAGGUUUCCAUCACCUUAUCCACACCUUGAAUCUCCCUAAUAAGGAACUUGAAUUAAAGACAGGAAAUGCUCUCUUCAUUCGAAAGCAGGGGAAAAUUCUUUCCCAUUUCACAACUGAUGUCCAGAAGCUAUAUGAAUCAGAGACUUUCUCUAUUGACUUCUCAAAUGUUUCAGCAGUUGAACAGAAGAUCAAUAGCUAUGUGAAGAAGAAGACCAAAGGGAAAAUUGUAGAUCUGAUUAAAGAUCUUCUACCAAAUACUUACAUGAUUCUAGUGAACUAUAUUUUCUUUAAAGCCAAAUGGGAGAAACCUUUUGAUCCUCUGGAAACCAAAGAAAAUGGUGAUUUUUAUGCCAGCCAGUCAGAUGUGGUGAAAGUUUCCUACAUGCAUCAAAAUGAAGAACACUUUUACUUCGUGGACAGGAUGCUGAACUGUACCGUACUUCAGAUGGACUACAGUCAAAAUGCACUGGCUAUUUUUGUCCUUCCUGAUGAAGGUCAGAUGAAGCGACUUGAGGACAGUCUAAUGUCAACAACUCUGAGGAGAUGGAACCACUUGCUCCAGAAAGGGCGAGUGAAUCUCUAUGUUCCAAAAUUUUUCAUUUCUGCCUCAUACAAACUGGACACCAUCCUUCCAAGAAUGGGAAUUCAAGAUGCUUUCACUGACAAGGCAGAUUUUUCUGGUGUCUCAGAGCAUUACAAACUAAAGAUUUCAAAGGUGUUUCACAAAGCUGUGUUAGAAGUUGGAGAAAAGGGAACUGAGGCUGCAGCCACCACAGAGAUAAGGAUAGAACUUCGGGCAGCUUUAGUUGAUGAAGGUGCUUUGAUUGUCUUCAACAGGCCCUUUAUGGUGCUAAUUUUGGAUAAAAUGACCCGAAGCAUUCUCUUUCUGGGAAAAGUGAUGAAGCCAAUGGAUGCAUAGCUGUAUAACUACUUCUGGUGAACUACCUAUCAUUAUUGAAGUGGAAAAUAAAAAUAUACAAUGAC